AUGAGUUUUCAACACUUGAUGAGUGAUGUUCAUGGCUUCAGUGUAAUUCAUCAAGACAUGAACUUUGUUCCUCCUCCACCUCCACCUCCUCCUCCUCAACUCUCUCUGUCUAACUCUUUUGCAGUUGUGGGUCAUCAUCCCAUGGGGAGAGAGAGUAAUAAUCCUGCAGUAAUGGGGCUUCAGAUUUUGAACCCUUCUACUUUUAAGCCAGUGGAGAACAGGGGAGCUAAGAGAACAGUUGAAGAAAGAGAUGGGUUUUUUGGGAGUGAAAAAAAGGGGCUUUCUUUGAACUUGGGUGAAGAAACAGAAGAAGUUAAGACCUCUGUUUCUGUCAAAACUAAGCACACUAAACUUUGUGCUAGAGGUCAUUGGAGACCAGCUGAAGAUGCUAAACUCAAAGAGCUUGUUGCCCAAUAUGGCCCUCAAAACUGGAACUUAAUUGCUGAGAAUCUUGAAGGAAGAUCAGGGAAGAGUUGCAGAUUGAGAUGGUUCAAUCAGCUAGAUCCAAGAAUCAACAGGAGGGCAUUCAAUGAGGAAGAAGAAGAGAGGCUGUUAGCUGCUCAUAGAUUGUAUGGAAACAAAUGGGCGUUAAUUGCUAGAUUGUUUCCAGGGAGAACUGAUAAUGCUGUGAAGAAUCAUUGGCAUGUGAUAAUGGCUAGAAAACUCAGAGAACAAUCAAGCAUUUAUAGAAGGAGAAAGCCAAGUUCUGCCUCUCAAACUGGACUUGAAAAUAUGAUUAUCCACAACAAUGCCGCCAGUGAAUCAACCAUCUCAAGCAAUGAAUCCGCCUCAACCAUCACUGAUCUCUCUCUUACUCCCUCUUCAGCUAAACCUUCACCUGCAAUUUUCACUAGGUUCUCACUGAUGGGUUCAUCUGGAGAAAAGGAGAUAACAAAGGGAAGUAUUGGAGAUGUUGACAAAUUUUAUGGAUAUUACAAAGCAGGUAAUAUGGAAGUGGUUAUGGGAAUGGACCAAUCUGGGCAUUCAUCAGAUUCAAAUUCAGAAGUUUCAGCAACAGACUCAGUAACCAACACCGACACUAAUCUCUCUCUCUCAGGGCAAAAUACUGAGAAUACUUAUCAGAAGAAGAUCAGCGUGCCCUUCAUUGAUUUUCUUGGAGUAGGAGCUUCUUAGAAAUUUUGAAAAAAAGAAAAAAAAGAUUACAACUUCGUUGAAAUUAUCAGCCAGUGAAAGAGAAGCACAUUGACAUUGGUCUCCACUCCAAUGCCAAAAAUCUAGAGUCUUGCACUUGCAGUAGGUGUCAUUUCUGCAGUCUUGAAUGUACAGUUAAGUUCCAUAAAUGGAAAAUGAGAAAAAAUGAGUAAAAAAAUAGGAGAAGAAGAGAGAGAGAGAGAGAGAGAGAGAGAGAGAGUUAUGAGUAAUUAUAAGUUUAAGUUAUUAUAAUAUAAUAAUAAUAUUAUGAGACUUGUAGUUGUGGUUUUGUUAUUCUCUAAAAAUUGAAUGGCUUUUGUGGGAUUGUGAAUUUUUGAUUGUGAAGAACAAAGGCAAAUACUGUUUAGUGAGUGAUGAAUGAAGCUGCCUAAC